UGGAACAAUUUGGCAAUAACAAACGACGAGUUMGAACUGCAUUUUCCACUUUUCUAGAGAUUUUAAGCGUACGAUAUUCAAUAUUUUAGGACAAAUAUGACUGACACAAUUACUGCAAUCAGACACAAUAAUUCAGGAGGAAAAACUCUGCUGGACAACUGGGUUGAAGAGCGCCAAACAGAGCAGUUUAAAGAUCCUGACGCAACUCAAUCUAAAUUACAGAAGUAUGGCCACAGGGGUAUUAUGACAACAGAGUUUGAUGCUAAAGCUGAAAAUCUAAGCACUGUCAGAGUUUCAUACCAAGAACCCAGACAACUAGGAAUAAGAACUACAGGGACAAAGGAAGAACAAAUGAGAGCCAAAUUCCUWGAGCAAGUAGCUGCCGAAGUUCAAGAAGAAUUAAAUCCACCUCCUCCUCAGGUGGAAUAUUUGUCAACAACCCAUAAGGAUUUUAACAAAGAAUUUGAGCCAAUAGUAAAYGAACCAACACGUAAACACAAUGCCAAUACUGAUCAACCAGCAACAUUCUGGUUAGAAAGAAACAAAGAAAUCCAUGGUGUUUCACAAGUCAAGUCAGAAGAUACACCAUUUCGCAAAAAUGCUUCCUUCAGCACUCCUAUUGGAGAGUACCUUGAUUCACCAAAACCAGGAGAGCAAUGGAAAUUCUAUUGUUUUCUAAAGCCAGAUCGAUACAUGUGUAGAGGUAGACUGGGCACUAGUCAAUCCAUGAUGGCGGACGGCGCUUCGAGCGAAGAUUGUGUCAAAGUGGAAGCCGACUUUGAACACCUUAAAACUAACAACUUUGACAAUUCAACAAUUCAAACUAACGGAGAACAUAAGAAGAUGGAGCGUGAGAGAGUUAAGAAAAAAGCUCCUGGAAAAGCUGUUAUUAUGACUGGUUCAACUACUAGUCCACCAACACAUCACGACGACAUGUCUGAUGCCAAGGAAUACGUUAUGCAAUACACAGAUAUUUUUGCAUCAGAAGGAGAUUCAGCCAUGUUUGAUGAUGAAGCUGGUGAAGUUCUCGAAAGCAGRGACACUGAAAUUGUUGGRCACAGUGAAGAGACUGCACAAUACGCWAAAGAUGCAGGCAAUGAUGAUAGUGAUGAUAGCCACUCCKAUGAUGGACCCCCACCGUUAGACAGCGAGGAUGAUUAUGAGUAUGAUGACAGUGAUCUUGGCUUUUCCCCUCCCCCCAUGGGGAGRGAUGGUAGCGAGGGGGAGAGGGCUCUGUCCUCAUUGCAAUCUUCUCCAGCUAAAAGUGUAUCAAGCAUUGGGAGAAGUAARGAGAAGUUGGACAUACAUAAUGACAAGGCAUCAAGACGWGAUAGCUAUGAUAGUGAUCAUGGAUUUCGCGAAGGACCACCGCCAUUGGACAGCGAAGAGGAGAAUGAUGCUCCUGUGGAAAAUGGUGUCAAWUCUCAUUCAGAUGAAGAAAAUGWACAYCAKGAYAACAAAGAUGAACUUAGUGAAGAAGAACAAGAGGUAGUAAAGGAUAACGACGACGAAUUUGAAGACGAUGAGCAUGCUGACUUGAUUCAAGACGAAACACGUGAUUCUAAUGCAGAUUCUAAUGACGAAAACGAUUCCUUAGCGAGUGAUGACCUUCCGGAAGAUGAACAAAGAAUGCUAAAUGCUCGUUCUCCUUCAGAAGACGACGAACAACAGGAGAUUUCUCCAGAAUCAAACGUUCAAUCCCCGGAACCUGAGGAUACKGAAGUUGAAGAAUCUCCACCUGAUGCUUCACCUUCAUUAUUGUCUGCCUCACCAGAACCAACACAAACUGCCCAWCAGGGRAACUUGAGUGAAUCAGAAGGGUCCGAAACGGAAGAGUCAUCUGAAGCAAUGAGAAAGUAUGARCCACCCGAUAUCGUCUCUGACCCCGAGGCCCCGUUACUCCUCGACAAACCACAAGAUGUUGAUAUCCCGCUAACACCUAAGAAAAAUAAAUCAUAUCUGAAAGAAAAAGGAAAUAAAGUAGAGAAAAGUGCACUUCUAAUAUCGGACAGCUCUGAGGAUGAACAACCACUGACSCAGGAACGGAGGCUCAACUUGAGUGAUAGCGAAUCUGAGACUAAUGAAAACGUGGAACCUGUCAAACAAGUUAAACCAGUUAGUAAGCCUGUUUCGAGAAAUUCAGACUUAAAACCCACUAGAACUGUUAAAAAUUCAACUUCUAGAAGAGAAGCUGCAACUCACGAUGUCAAGAAAAAGGCUCCGAGUAAGCAAACAGUCGAGAAUAAACCACUUAAACUCAAAGAGUCAAAAACUCGCGAUUCAAAAUCAUCGGCACUUAAAGAAACCAAUGAWGAUCUUCAUAAUACUAUUAAGGUUUCAAAAGGCACCCCAGUUGCCAAAGAAACUGACAGUCGUAGAAAGCAUGCCCCAGGACUGGCUGUAAAGGAUGAGAGACCGAAAACGACAAAAAAACRCUUGAAUCAGCAAGGGAAGCAAGCGCCUGGGRUAGCUGUCAAAGAAGAUACAACUAAGAUAAUAGAGAGAGACAUUAGAACAGGGAAAAUACGGGAAACGAAGAGUGAAGAUAAAAGGAUUAACACUAGUAAAGAUACAAGUAUGAAGAAACAGAGCAAAGAGACGCAAGCAAAACCAAAACCCACUYCAACUCAAAAUCGAAAAGAUGUAAAACAUGAAAAUGUCGUCCAAAAGAAAGAAAAAAGUCCUGUCGGUAAUGGAGAAGUUAAAAAGGUCAAACAAAGGCCUAAAAUAUUCAAAAGUAAAUACSUAGCAGUUGCUACCGAGGAUGAUUAUGAGGACGAAGAAGAGGAUAUCCCGGAGCAMAAACCUGAGAAGACUAGGACCGAAUCACGUGGGARACACAUCGGCAAAUCAAAACAUGAGCCUGAGAAAAAGGAUCGUCAUCAUGUUGUCAAGGGUAACGCACAUGAACAUCAAGUGAAGGGACAUAAACACGAACGAAGUAAACAUGUCUGGUUGUGRCGUGAUGACGAGAUUCAUAAACUUAUCGCUCAAAAGGCAUCYCUUUUGAAGGAYUAUGAGUCGGGCAGCCUCGCGGGAAGAAAUGUCUUUUCUGGUCAGAAAGGUCGUCAUCGUAGAGACGACGAAGACAACGCUCGAAGCACGCCAGACGUCGGAUUUGCGGGUAGUAGAUCUAAACCUCGAUCCACACGACCAGUCAGCGAAGUUUUUCCCGACAGGGAACCGUACACUUCACGAAAGCGUGAAAACCGGCGCUCGUUACAACAUCGGUACUCGGGUUCAUCGUCGGAAGAUGACGAUGAACGCACGAAUAAACAAGCAGGAAAUUUGAGAGCCGAGAAAUCUGCUUCUGGAGGRACUUUCUCCGUCGGUAUGGCGUCGAGAAACCUUACGAAACGAGACGCGGCGUCUGAUUCUGACCAUGAAGAAACAUGUGAAUAUUGUGCWGCUGAAAAGGCGGCACAGAAAGCUCAGGAGAGAGAUUUAGCAUGGGAAGGCCCACACCAUCCAAGAAACCUUCUCCUUGGAGURGUCUACACAGCAAAGUAUUUAGGAUCUUCACAAAUAAUGUCGCCUCAAUCUCCUGACCGGAACGUCCGUAUGCAGCAAGCACAGGAAGCAGUAGGACGAAUUAAGGUUCCUGAAGGUGAGGACCAGCCCACAACGGACGUCGAUUUAUUUAUAUCCACCGAGAGAAUAAAAGUUGUCAACUCGUCAAAUAAAGACAUUAUGAUGGACCACGCCCUCCGUACUGUAUCAUUUAUCGCAGACAUCGGUGAUGUUCUCGUACUAAUGGCUCGCCGACCACCCGGUAACAAUGAGAACGUACUGGAGACCAAGCCCUCGGCUUCACAGAUCCUCGCUAGUGUAGCUAAAGCAGAGACUGACCCUAAGAUGAUUAAAAUCACAUGUCACGUGUUUCAGGCACCGGAGGCGCAGAUAAUUGCUAAAAGUAUCGGCCAAGCGUUCAAUGUGGCAUACCAAGAGUUUCUACGUACGAAUGGAAUAUCAGAGGACAGUAUAGAAGAUGCCGAAUAUAACUGUGUCUUGGAAGCACAGAAGAUUUUAGGCGAGGAUUUGAGCCUUCUUUCAGAUGCUAGCAAGUCGAGAGAGGUUGUUGUCAAUAAGAAGCCAGGCGAGUCCCUCGGUGUUAUGAUUGUUGAGUCGGGCUGGGGGUCAAUGAUUCCAACGGCUAUCAUAGCUCACCUUGCUAAAGAAGGACCUGCGGCUAAAUCUGGACGCUUGAAUGUUGGUGACCAGAUURUAUCUGUCAAUAACACUAGUUUAGUUGGCUUACCAUUACCAGAAUGUCAAACUAUUAUCAAAAAUUCUCGUCCGGGAACUAAAGUUGUAAUGAAGGUGGUGUCUUGUCCACCAACUGUCCAGGUAGUCGUGAACKGACCAGAUACAAAGUACCAGUUAGGAUUCAGUGUCCAGAAUGGCAUGAUCUGUAGCUUGAUGCGAGGCAGUAUAGCAGAACGCGGUGGUGUUCGGGUUGGACAUCGAAUCAUUGAAAUAAACAAUGAAAGUGUUGUUGCUACUUCACAUCAACAUAUAGUUGAUCUCCUGGCGUCGACGACAGGCGAGAUUCGAAUGAAGACGAUGCCAGCGUCAAUGUACCGUCUUCUGGUCGGCUUGGAUACACCGCAGUAUAUUUAGGUCCUCGACUCAAUGAUACAAUGAUCCCCUUUCGACUCACACUGGUGAAAUACCUGAUACCGAGGCUCGUUGGGGAAGCGAUCUCUGUAGAUAUACCAACAGUGCCAAAGUUCGCUUUUAAAUAAAUUAGUGGGAGCACUAAAAUGCAGUGUUCAAUAGACUCCCAUUUGAAUUAUCAAGAGUGCUUACAAUAACAAGAAAUAACAAGAUACGCAUGCGUUGCUUUGAUGGAGCUAUGACAACACCUACGUCAAAAUCCGUAACUAUGGCAACAAUGAUGUCACAUUUAUCUCCAUGGCAGCACGAGGAAAAACUUAUUGAAGUCUGCWAGCAGGACAUCAACUGAAUCACUCACCAUGGCAACAGCUACGUCAGAUUUGUUACCAUGACAAUGUGAAGUUACCAUGGUGACACGUAAUUGUGAUGUUUUUACUCUAUUUUUAUGAUACGCUUGCUUUGUGUGCGUUGAGAUUGCCACCACAGGCGCUCUGUUUGUAUUUCCUAACAGCAUUAAUGGAAAUUUUACAGUAACUGAUCUCGACAAAAUAUUUUACUCUUCUUAAAUCCUUGAUAAUCAUUUCUGAAACACAAAGAGUAAUAGACAAUGAAGAAAAUCAAAGAAAGAUUUUCAGUUGUGGGAAAUAUUUGUACAUAAGUAAACCAUUAAGGCCGUGAAACAUUACUAGCCGAUACAAAAUAGCAUCAAUUAUAGUGGUUUACGUAAACCCGUCGUAAUGAUCAUGAAAKAAUAGAAAUGUGAUAGUGCUAUACAGAGUUUAUUUCUUAUAAACCGUGAAAAGACUCUGUAAAAACUGCACAAAAUUGCGCUUAUUAGAAGACAAACAAUUUGAACUAAUUUGCAUGCAAUUUUUUUUAGCAACCUGUAGUUGAAAGUAUUUUAUAGGAGUAAUGUUUCACGCUUUGUUUUUUUUUUAAAUUAUACCGAAAGAUUAUUUAUAAUAGGAUGAAAUAUAGUAUAUGUUGAAUAAAGAUGACCCGACAGGAUGAGAUUAUGAUAGUUUCGAGAAAUAACAUUAUUUUCGCCAUCUUGGAACUGCAGCCUYGCCUUGGGCCGCCAUUUUGUACAGUAAUGAUACGUUAACUAGUGGAUAUUUAGAAUUGUAACAGCCUUGAAUGGCCUUUAACCAGGUUUUUCUUGUUCAAAUAUGAGUCAAACUCUGAAUAACUUAAAUAAAACUAGUAUUUUAAUUUUAA